AUCUCCAUUUCUUUUUUCUCUAAUCCUUCUUCUUUUUAUAAUCCUUCCUCUUUUCUUCCCUUAUUUUUUUUUCUUUAUCUCUUUUAUGGCUUCUUGCAUUAAUUGAGUUCAAAAGAAGAGUUCCAUGAUCAAGAUUAGGCAUUAUACCUUGUGGCAUUUCAUUCCUGGAACGUAGUGUAAUCUCAAAAACGGUCGCCAGAAAACAAAAACACCAUUUUUCGGUCACAAAAAAUAAAAACCCUUAAAAAACACGUCGAUACAAAACAAAAAGCAGAAGAAAUCAGGGAUCUCAACCUCGCUAAACAAAAAACUAAUGUUUGAGGAUUAAAAUCACAAUCAACUAGUGGCAGGAAAUCUAAAGCAAUCAGGGAAUCUACUUCGUCACAAAGGGUGGAUGCACACACACAAAUAGAGAAAGAGAGAGAGAGAGAGAGAGAGAGAGAGAGUCUCGGAGACUGUAGUCGCAUCGCAAAACGCAGAGUGUUCCAACGUCUUCUUAGCCAGUCCAUUUUAAAGCAGGUUUGGGCAGGGGAGGACGGCUCAGAGGCAAAGGGGCGAUCGCCUGGCUGUGGGCCAGGGACUAGGGAGGGAGCAAGUGAGAGAGAGGGCGCGAGUGAGAGAGAGGGUGGGCCAGAGCGAGCGACAGAGAGGGCGCGAAAGAGAUGGCGGGCCAAACUAAAAAUUUUCACUUUUUAUUUAUAUAUAUAUAUAUACACUGGGGUAGGGCCAGCGCCCCCCUCCCUUCGUCCUUGCUGUUGUGGUGAGAGCUGUUGUGGUGAGAGACAACGCUAGGCUGCCAUGGCUGAGAGUUGAUGCUAGGCAUGCUGAUGCAGGAGAGAGAAGAAAACGGACGAUGUUGGUUAAGCUGAUGCGGAAAAGAGAAGAAAACACUGGGCAAGCUGAUGUAUGGGUAAGCCUGAGCACCGGGCUGUGUUGCCGUCAGGUACCCAAUACCCAGUCCAUCUUGGGCCCGGGCUCGGGCCGGCUGGGCUUGUUAUCGGGCCGGCUCUGGUGGCCUUGAUAAGUCCGGCUCGAGCUCGAUAAUGAUUUUUUUUAAAUUUUUUUAUUAAUUUAUAUAUAUAUUUAUAAUAUUUUAUUGCCAUGAAUUAUUGUUAGGUAUUAUUUUAUAUUAAAAAUAUCUUUUUAAUUUAAUUGGGCUGACCUUGGGUUUUUGAGUCGGGUCGAACCGGGGCUCGAGUUUUAAAUGUCGAGCUCGCUCGGGCCCGAGUUUUAAAUGUCGAGCCCGCUCCCUACUCGUUAUCUGCUGCUGGGCCGGCCCGAUGCCUAGAGUAGAGAAAAUGAGAAUGGAGAGAAUGCAGUUUUAAGCGUUUAAUGCUGGUCUUACGGUAUCAGAUGCACUUAACAACUUUUGUUAACAUUAGUUCCGUUAGUUGCUGCCAGUAUUUAAACUGGAAACUUCCUACCAGCCAUUCAAAGGGGCUCUUGAUAUUUUAAUGCGAGACAUCCGAAAACCACCUAGAUGUUCGAAUGGACUGCAAUUUUUAUUUUGCCGGCCUCACGUAUGACGCUCCGUACGGGGUGGUAAUGCAUAUAACCACCUUCCCUAUUACACCGUCUCCUCGGCCUGCGCAGCGAUGGGCAAGCAACGGCAGCAGGUGAUCUCUCGCUUCUUCGCCCCCAAACCGAAGCCUGCAGACCCCAGCUCUCCCUCCUCCUCCAACCCAUUCUCGGAUUCUCAUCCCUCCGCCUCUCAGCCAGCAUGCCCUUCUCCUCCACCCCGCACUGCCACCACCGUCUCCUGGUCACCUCAGUCCAAGCUUACAACUACUCUCCCCCCUCCCGCCAAGCGUCCCAAAACCUCAACGCCCGCACCGACACAAGCACCGCCAAUCUCCAUUCCCUCCGUGAACCCCUCUCUCCACCAGAGGUUCGUCAACAAGCUCCUCGAUGACCCCUACAAGAAGCCGGAGGAUGAGACGCCGCCGGAGGCUGAGGGAAGCGGCCGGAAGUACACGCCGCUGGAGCAGCAGGUAGCGGUACUCAAGGCCAAGUACCCCGACGUCCUGUUGAUGGUGGAGGUCGGGUAUAGGUACAGGUUCUUCGGCGAGGACGCUGAGGUGGCCGCUAGGAUUCUGGGGAUCUUCGUCCACAGGGACCACAACUUCUUGACGGCGAGUAUCCCAACCUUCAGGUUGAACGUCCACGUGAGGAGGCUCGUGAAUUCCGGGUACAAGGUUGGAGUUGUGAAGCAGAUGGAGACGGCAGCUAUGAAGGCUCACGGCGACAACAGGAUGGGCCCCUUCUCGAGGGAGCUCUCGGCACUGUACACGAAGGCAACACUAGAAGCGGCAGAGGAUAUGGGCGGCGGACCUGAGGUUGGGAACGAUUGCGGAACCGGAAAUUUCCUCAUGUGCGUCGUCGAAAGGGAUGACUUGUGCAGCAGCAGUAGCUUGGACACGACCGUCGGGGUGUUAGUGGUGGAGGUCUCAACGGGGGAGGUGAUGUUUGGGGAAUUCAAUGACGGGGCGACCAGGGCGGGCCUUGAAGCGGUGCUGCUGAGCAUCUCACCGGCCGAGUUGCUCUUGGGAGAUCCUCUCUCCCGGCAGACGGAGAAGUUACUCUUAGCAUAUGCUGGCUCUGCAUCCAACAUUCGUGUGGAGCGUACAUCUCGGGCCUGCUUAGAAGUCGGAGGUGCACUUAAAGAAAUAAUGGAAUCGUAUAAAAACAUGGGGGACGAUGGUUCACAUGUGGUGCAUGGUGAGAAGCAAGGAGAAAUAACCUCAGCUAUGGAGGCUGUUCUCUCAAUGCCUGAAUUGCCUGUCCAAGCGUUGACGCUUGUUAUACGUCACCUAAGACAGUUCGGCUUGCAGAGAAUAUUAUGCACAGGAGCAACAUUUCAACCACUAUUUAGCAGCAUUGAGAUGUCAUUAUCGUCUAACACCCUUCAACAACUUGAGGUACUUAGGAACAAUUUUGAUGGCUCUGAAAAUGGUUCAUUGCUGCACCUGGUAAACAAUACCCUUACUGCAUUUGGUGCUAGGCUUCUGAAACGCUGGAUAACACAUCCACUAUGUGAUAAAAACGCGAUAUCAGCUCGCCUUGAUGCAGUUUCAGAAAUUGCCAACUCUUUGAGGGCAUGUGGAUCCUCGUGCGGUGUAACUGAUUUUGGUGAGACGAUGUCAAGUAACACAAGCCGCCAGACUGGGUUUGGUGAUCUAAUUGCAUCAGUUUUGGGGGCACUAGGCAGGGCACCUGAUGUUCAACGCGGAAUCACCAGAAUUCUCCACCGAACAGUUAGUGCAGCUGAGUUUAUUGCAGUUCUCCUCUCCCUGUUAUCUGCUGGCAAACAACUUCAGCAGGUUCUACUGGAGGAUGUUAAUUUUGACGAACAAAGAGCUAUCAAAUCCUCUUUAUUAAGGAGAUUAAUUUCAAUAGCAUCGUCUUCACGUGUAACUGGACAUGCUGCAAAGCUCCUGACUGUCUUGAACAAGGAUGCAGCAGAUAAGGGCGAUAUGGAAAAUUUAUUCAUUGUUUCUUCUGGGCAAUUCCCUGAGGUUAACAAAGGUCAAACAACUGUUGCAUCAUGUAAACACAAAUUGGAUGCAUCAAUUACUCAGUUUCGUAAACAACUUGGAAUGCGUAAUUUGGAAUUUUCAAGUGUUGCAGGGUCUACACACUUGCUUGAGCUACCAUCAAAUGUUCGUGUUCCUCCAAACUGGGUGAAGGUCAGCAGCACGAUGAAGCUGACACGCUAUCAUCCUCCAGAAGUCCUUGCUGCUCUGGAUGAAUUGGCACUUGCAAAGGAAGAACUUGCUGUUGCCUGCAAAGCAGCAUGGGACAAUUUUUUGGCACAGUUUGAGGACCACUGUGCUGAUUUUUGUGCUGCAGUGCAUGCUCUGGCUACAUUGGAUUGCUUAUAUUCUCUUGCAGCUCUGUCUCACAAACGUGGGUAUGUGCGGCCUAUUUUCGUGGAAGAGAAUGAACCAAUUCAGUUGCACAUUCUUUCUGGUCGUCAUCCGGUGUUGGAGUCUACUUUGCAGGAUUGUUUUGUCCCAAAUGAUACUGACCUGCAUGAAGAACGAGAGUUCUGUCAGAUUGUUACUGGGCCCAACAUGGGUGGGAAAAGUUGCUAUAUUCGCCAGGUUGCUCUGGUUGCCCUCAUGGCCCAGGUUGGUUCAUUUGUACCGGCUGCAUCAGCCAAGUUGCAUGUACUUGAUGCAAUUUACACCAGAAUGGGAGCUUCUGACAGCAUCCAACAUGGCUCAAGUACUUUCUUUGAGGAACUCAGUCAGACUUCUUCCAUACUUCAUAACUGUACAUCCCGUUCUCUUUUAAUCAUCGAUGAGCUUGGUCGUGGCACAAGCACGCAUGAUGGUCUUGCAAUUGCUUAUGCAACAUUGCAUUAUAUUCUCAAGAAAAAAAAGUGCAUGGUCCUCUUUGUUACACACUAUCCAGAAAUUGCAGACAUUAAGCGUGACUUGCCUAUUUCUGUUGGGGUAUAUCAUAUGUCCUACUUGACAAGGAUAAAGUCUUGUGAAAUAGUCAAUCUUGGCAGAAACCAGACUGAAAAGCACGGUAACAAUGGUGAAAGUGAAAUCACUUUUCUCUACAAGUUGAUUCCUGGUCUUUCAGGCAGGAGCUUUGGCCUUAAUGUUGCUUCACUUGCACAGUUGCCAUCCACUUGUAUUGCCAAGGCUUCUGUAAUGGCCAAGAAAUUAGAAUCAGUUGUGCAAAGUAAAGCAGGAGGUACUUUAUCAGGUGGAGUUUCUGACGUAAAAUUCAUCUGCCAUGAAGAAAAUGGCGUGACAGGCUCCGAUAGAACUGGCCAUUACAAAACUUGCUCUCUAAGUAGGUCUUCGGCUAUGUGCUUCAUUGAUGAAUUUAAGGACCGUAGCAGUGAGAUAGGAAGAUUGUAUCGGGAACUAUUUUGUCAUUUGCAAUCUGCAUUGCAUUAUAAUGCCAUCAGUUAUACAAACUCUCUGUGCUGUUUGAGGGAUGCUCAAAGGAUUGCUAAGCAGAUAUUAUUUGUACAAAGCCAGCUGAGCAGGCAUAAGAGUGAAGGCAAUUGUGGCCAAAGUUGUGCUUCCUGAACAGCUCCAUCUUCUUACGACUAUGUUUACAUACUAAUUUCUAUAGGGUGUCUGAUUUUAGCAAAAUUGUAAGUUAUUUUUUGGCUUAUCAAGUGAUGGUUUUCAUUUUUUUUUUUACUUGACUAUUCACAUUUGUUGCUUUUAACUAGGAAAACCAUGCAGUAUAUUCUCGUUGGUGAUUA